GUGCAGAGCUUCGGCGAAUUGCCAUGCCCUGUGAUGCUAGCAAAAGUAACCAAGAUCCGCUUCCAGUACGCGAAUCUCCCCUGCCCAUAUCCUUUGGACCCAUCCCAAGCAAAUACGCCUGAUGAAACAAAUAACUCCCAGAAACAAAACGCCCAAACAAAUUCCAGCAUGAAAAUCAAACUCCCAAGAUAA